AUACCGCGUGAGAGAAGAGUUGGACGAUCAAAAAACCUCAGCGACCAUCUUUGCUUAAGAAGCCAAAAGCAAAGACCUCCGGACCAUCGGACACGAUUCAGAAGCAUACCAAUUCUCGAUCGCCAUGAGCUUUCUAUUCGGCAAGAGAAAAACUCCCGCAGAACUUCUGCGGGAAAAUAAGAGGAUGCUGGACAAAUCCAUUAGAGAAAUAGAACGGGAGAGACAAGGUCUGCAAACGCAGGAGAAGAAACUAAUUAUGGAGAUAAAGAAAAGUGCUAAACAAGGGCAGAUGGGAGCUGUGAAGGUGAUGGCGAAAGAUCUUGUUAGAACACGGCAUCAGAUUGAAAAAUUUUAUAAGCUUAAAUCUCAACUCCAGGGUGUAUCCCUCAGAAUUCAGACGUUGAAAUCAACACAAGCGAUGGGAGAGGCAAUGAAAGGUGUGACAAAGGCAAUGGGCCAGAUGAAUAGACAGAUGAACUUGCCAUCAUUGCAGAAAAUUAUGCAAGAAUUUGAGAGGCAGAAUGAGAAGAUGGAAUUGAUGACUGAAGUGAUGGGAGAUGCUAUUGAUGAUGCUUUGGAAGGGGACGAGGAAGAGGAAGAGACAGACGAACUAGUGAAUCAAGUUCUUGAUGAGAUUGGAAUUGACGUCAAUCAAGAGCUUGUUAAUGCACCAUCAUCUGCUGUUGCUACGCCGGCGGCCAAGAGUAAGGUUCCACAAGUGGAAACAGCGACUACUGAUGACGGUGGAAUAGAUAGCGAGUUACAGGCAAGGUUAGAUAAUUUGAGAAGAAUGUAAUCUUCAUGUCCUUUCUAUAUUAUAAACCUCAGGUCUGCUGUAUAAAGUGAAAGUUUCAUUUGGGGCAUGUAAUUUUUAUGAAAAUUGAGCCAGAAUUGAUUAACUCAGGGUUUGAAAAACAAAGUGGAGAUUUCAAUAGCAUAA